UUUACACUUUACUUUUUUUUUACUUUUCGCGCUUUACUCUGAUUUCAGGAUUCAUGGCAAUCCCGCCAAUCGUCACAGUUUCUCCUUCUUUAGGUUUAAAUUAAAAUUUGAAAUUGUUUUUUUUUUUUUCCUUCAGGGACGAAUAGAGAGAGAGAGAGAGAGAGAGACUGAGAUGGAGUUCAGUAUCAGUGGUAAUGCGCUGAAGACCUUCGCUAGGUCUAUAACCUGCCUCGCACGCGUCGGCAACGAGCUCGUUGUUCAAGCGUCACCGACACAGCUGGAAUUGCAUACUUUAAAUGCUUCACGUUCUGCUUAUCAGUGUAUUACAUUUCAGUCAAGUUUCUUUGAUGUAUAUACUGUUUCUGGUCCUCAAGCUCAUUUCAGUGUACUUUUGAAGGCUGUUUGUUCUGUUCUUAGGACUCCUCUUGCGAGCAUCGAUCACAUGAGUGUGCAGUUGCCAGAUCAUGAUGCAUCUAAGGUCAAAUGGACUUUGGAGUGUUACAGUGGUAUGAAGAAAACAUAUUGGAUUACUUGCAAUGUGGAACCUGAUAUACAGCAUCUGUCGCUUGAUAGGGAUAGAUUUCCAAGUACCUUAGUUGUGCAUCCUCGAAAUCUGAGCAAGUUGCUUGGAAAUUUCCAGUCAUCCCUCCAAGAGAUUACAAUAAUUUCUACAGAUCAAACUUCUUUUCCCUCUGAUGCUGAGAGUGAAAUAGGUGGAAAAGCUGUUGAGUUUCGGAGCUAUGUGGAUCCAACCAAAGAUGGUGACUCUUUGUUACAUACUCAGCUAUGGAUAGAUCCAUCAGAAGAAUUUUUGCAGUAUACACACGCAGGUGAUCCUGUUGACAUCACAUUUUCCUUGAAGGAACUAAAAGCAUUUCUUUCAUUCUGUGAGGGCUGUGAAGCUGACAUUCAUCUUUUUUUCGAAAAAGCUGGCGAACCAAUAUUGAUGGCUCCAAAAUUCGGUUUGGGUGAUGGGUCAAGCUCAAGUUUUGAUGCAACGCUCGUUCUUGCGACAAUGCUUGUGUCUCAACUUCAAGAAGGGAUUCCGCAAGAACCUCCUGAAGCAGCAAACUCCACAGGUGGCCAUGCUGCUGAGCAAGUUGGAUCGCAGCCUCAUGAAAGGUCUAGGCAGAAUGCCUCAGAGCACCCAUCUGAUCAUACACGAGUUUGGUCUGAACUGUCAGCAGGAUUUGCCACUAAGAGCGUGAGCGGUUCUGAGGAUAGGCCACAGGCUCAGGGACAACCCGACUUGGAUAUCCAAAGAAUAAGGAAUAUGGAAAUAUCAAAAGGCGGGCCAGCUGGGGAUACUGCUCCUGCAGCUCCCUACUCCCAACGUCCCACGCAGAUAGGUCACACUGGAGGAUCCCGAGGACGGGUACAGAACAACCAAAGUUUCUCCCAGCGCCAUCCUAGUAAUUGGGUAGAUGUAAAUGAGGAUGACGAAGAGGAAGAAGGUGUUGAGGCAACGCCACCUCACAAUGAAGAUUAUUAGCUCAAGAUCCUUUUGCGUGGAAGUUUUCCUCAUCUCAUUCAACUGAAAUGGGAUCCGAAGAAGAUCAUGGAAUCAUGGAGGCAGUUUCGAUCCUGCUUUAUUUUCUCACACAUGGAUAAAAUUAUCUACGUUCUGACGGUAAGAUGCCUCUCUCUCUCUCUCUCUCUCUAGGACAGGAUAGAAGAAAAAGGUGACACACUAUGUGCAUAUUUGUGUAGUGUAGUCGUAGGUGCUCCAUCCACUACAAUCACAGUUGAUCCUUUCUUGGCAAAACUUCUGAACGGCGUGCGGUGUUGUUCAGUCAUGUUUUAUUGGCUAAUGCAUUUGCGUAUUCUAUCUAGCUUGACAUAAAAACAGCAUGCCAACACACUUUGAAUCUGAGAGCAUCUACACAUAAAUUCUUAUUCCACCCA